AUGUUGAGCAAAGCUGAAUUUGUUGAGAAGGUUCGCCAGAGCAACCAGGCUUGCCAUGAUGGUGAUUUUCAUACAGCCAUCGUGCUGUACAACGAGGCUCUGGGCGUGGAUCCUCAGAACUGCAUCCUCUACAGCAACCGCUCUGCAGCCUACGUGAAAAUCCAGCAGUAUGACAAGGCCCUGGACGAUGCCAUCAAAGCACGACUCCUGAAUCCCAAGUGGCCCAAGGCAUACUUCCGACAGGGUGUGGCCCUUCAGUAUCUUGGACGUCAUGCGGAUGCACUGGCAGCGUUUGCAUCAGGACUGGCUCAAGAUCCCAAGAGUCUUCAGCUUCUCGUUGGCAUGGUCGAGGCCGCCAUGAAGUCACCCAUGCGAGAGUCCCUGGAGCCCACCUAUCAACAACUUCAGAAGAUGAAGCUGGACAAGAGCCCCUUUGUGGUGGUCUCUGUGAUUGGCCAGGAGCUUCUGACUGCAGGCCACCACGGGGCCUCUGUGGUGGUGCUGGAGGCUGCCCUGAAGAUCGGCACUUGCAGCCUGAAGCUGCGGGGAUCAGUGUUCUCUGCGCUGAGCAGCGCGUACUGGUCCCUUGGGAAUACGGAGAAGAGCACUGGAUACAUGCAGCAGGACUUGGACGUAGCCAAGAGUUUAGGUGACCAGACAGGAGAAUGCCGGGCUCAUGGAAACCUGGGCUCCGCAUUCUUCUCCAAAGGGAAUUACCGGGAAGCCCUUACUAACCACAGACAUCAGCUGGUGCUCGCCAUGAAGCUCAAGGACAGAGAGGCAGCAUCCUCAGCGCUGAGCAGCCUGGGCCACGUGUACACAGCCAUCGGGGACUACCCGAACGCCCUGGCCAGCCACAAGCAGUGUGUCCUCCUCGCCAAGCAGGCCAAGGAUGAGCUCUCCGAGGCACGGGAGCUGGGCAACAUGGGAGCAGUGUACAUUGCAAUGGGGGACUUUGAAAACGCCGUGCAGUGCCACGAGCAGCAUCUUCAGAUCGCCAAGGAGCUGGGAAACAAGCGGGAGGAGGCUCGAGCCUACAGCAACCUCGGCAGCGCCUACCACUACCGGAGGAACUUUGACAAAGCCAUGUCGUACCACAACUACGUGUUGGAGUUGGCCCAGGAGCUGGCUGAGAAGGCUAUUGAGAUGCGAGCUUACGCUGGCUUGGGCCAUGCAGCUAGAUGUAUGCAGGACCUGGAGAGAGCUAAGCAGUACCAUGAAGAACAGCUGCACAUUGCUGAGAGCCUGCAGGAUCGAGCUGCUGAAGGCAGAGCUUCCUCCAAUCUAGGGAUCAUUCACCAGAUGAAAGGUGACUACGAUGCUGCUCUACGUCUGCACAAGACACACCUGUCCAUAGCUCAGGAGCUGAGCGACUACGCGGCCCAGGGCCGGGCCUACGGCAACAUGGGCAACGCUUACAACGCUCUGGGCAUGUACGACCAGGCUGUCAAGUACCACCGGCAGGAGCUGCAGAUCUCGAUGGAAGUGAAUGACCGUGCCUCCCAGGCAUCUACACAUGGGAAUUUGGCAGUUGCUUACCAAGCACUGGGUGCCCAUGACCGUGCUCUGCAGCACUACCAAAACCAUCUCAACAUUGCCAGGGAGCUGCGAGACAUCCAGAGCGAAGCUCGGGCCCUCAGCAACCUGGGCAACUUCCACUGCUCAAGAGGAGAGUUUGUGCAGGCAGCCCCUUACUACGAGCAGUAUCUGCGCCUGUCCCCGGAGCUGCAGGACAUGGAAGGCGAAGGGAAGGUUUGCCACAACCUUGGCUAUGCCCAUUACUGCCUUGGGAACUAUGAGGAAGCUGUUAAGUACUACGAGCAGGAUCUUGCCUUGGCAAAGGAUCUUCAUGACAAGCUGAGCCAAGCCAAAGCCUAUUGCAACCUUGGCCUUGCCUUCAAAGCCUUGAUGGACUUCAGCAAAGCAGAGGAGUGUCAGAAGUACCUAUUGUCCCUGGCCCAGUCUCUGAACAAUUCCCAGGCCAAAUUUCGAGCUCUGGGGAACUUAGGGGAUAUUUUUGUCUGUAAAAAAGACAUAAGUGGUGCAAUAAAAUUUUAUGAGCAGCAGUUGAGCUUAGCCCAUCAUGUUAAGGACAGAAGACUGGAAGCCAGUGCUUAUGCAGCUUUGGGCUCUGCAUACAGAAUGAUACAGAAGUGUGACAAGGCUCUAGGUUACCAUACGCAGGAGCUGGAGGUGUACCAGGAGCUGGGAGAUAUGCCUGGUGAAUGCAGAGCACAUGGUCACCUUGCUGCAGUGUAUAUGUCGCUGGGGAAGUACACCAUGGCCUUCAAGUGUUACGAGGAGCAACUGGAGCUUGGGCAGAAGUUGAAGGACCCCAGCAUAGAAGCCCAAGUCUAUGGUAACAUGGGCAUCACCAAGAUGAACAUGAAUGUCAUGGAGGAAGCUAUCGGCUACUUUGAGCAGCAGCUGGCCAUGCUGCAGCAGCUCAGUGGAAACGAGUCUGUGUUAGAUCGGGGCCGAGCAUAUGGGAACCUGGGAGAUUGUUACGAGGCUCUGGGAGAUUUUGAGGAAGCUAUAAAGUAUUACGAACAGUACCUGUCUGUGGCUCAAAGCUUGAACCGUAUGCAAGAUCAGGCCAAGGCCUACCGGGGCCUGGGCAAUGGACACAGGGCCAUGGGAAGUUUGCAGCAGGCUCUGGUGUGUUUUGAGAAGAGGCUUGUGGUGGCACAUGAGCUGGGGGAGGCAUUUAACAAAGCCCAGGCCUACGGGGAGCUGGGGAGCUUGCACAGCCAGCUGGGGAACUAUGAACAAGCCAUCUCCUGCCUGGAGCGCCAGCUGAACAUCGCUCGGGAGAUGAAGGACCGAGCCCUGGAGAGCGACGCUGCCUGUGGCCUCGGUGGGGUCUACCAGCAGAUGGGGGAGUAUGACACAGCCCUGCAGUACCACCAGCUGGACCUGCAGAUUGCAGAGGAGACCAACAACCCCACCUGCCAGGGCCGUGCCUAUGGGAACCUGGGGCUGACCUACGAGUCCUUGGGCACCUACGAGAGGGCAGUGGUUUAUCAGGAGCAGCACCUCAGCAUUGCAGCACAAAUGAAUGACCUUGUAGCCAAAACUCUGUCCUACAGCAGUCUGGGGAGGACUCACCAUGCCCUGCAGAACUACUCUCAGGCUGUGAUGUACCUUCAGGAAGGACUGAGGUUGGCAGAGCAGCUGGGACGCAGAGAAGAUGAAGCCAAAAUCCGCCAUGGCCUCGGCCUCUCCCUCUGGGCAAGUGGGAACUUGGAGGAGUCUCAGCACCAGCUGUACCGGGCCUCCGCACUGUUUGAAACCAUCCGACACGAGGUGCAGCUGAGCACAGACUACAAGCUGUCACUCUUUGACCUGCAGACAUCCUCCUACCAGGCCCUGCAGCGAGUGCUUGUCAGUCUCGGUCACCAUGAUGAAGCUUUGGCAGUAGCAGAGAGAGGACGAACAAGGGCAUUUGCUGACCUGCUUGUGGAACGCCAGACUGGGCAGCAGGACUCUGAUCCCUAUUCUCCAGUGACCGUUGACCAGGUCCUGGAGACAGUGAACAGCCAGAGGGGACUUGUUCUCUACUAUUCACUGGCUGCAGGUUAUCUGUACAGCUGGCUGCUGGCUCCUGGGGCAGGAAUUCUGAAAUUUCACGAGUGUUAUCUGGGUGACAGCCUGGCAGAAAAUGCUGGGGAAUUCCAUGAAGCCAACAGCAUGACCCUGCAAACAGCAACAAAUUCCGCACUGGAGCAGCACAUCUCGAGCGUGCGGGAGGCUCUGGGGGUGGAUUCCUACUACACCCGGGCCUGUGCCAGUAGCGAGACUGAGAGUGAGGCUGGUGAUAUCAUGGACCAGCAGUUUGAGGAGAUGAAUAACAAGCUGAACUCAAUGACUGACCCAACUGGCUUCCUCAGGAUGGUGAGCAGGAACAACCUUUUGAACAGGAGCUGUCAGAGCAUGACCAGUCUGUUCAGUAGUACCAUGUCGCCUGUUAAGGAUGGAACAUCAUCUCUUCCAAGGAGGCAGACUUCCUUUACCAAGCCCCCACUCCGUGCACUCUACGACUUACUGAUAGGACCUAUGGAAGGAGGUUUGAUGCACUCCAGUGGGCCUGUGGGUCGCCACCGCCAGCUGAUUCUGGUUCUGGAGGGAGAACUGUACCUCCUUCCAUUUGCUCUCCUGAAGGGCAGUUCCUCCAACGAGUACCUCUAUGAGCGCUUCAGCCUCAUCGCAGUGCCGUCCAUCCAGUCGCUGAAUUCCAGCUCCAAGUCCCAUGCAAGGAAGAAUACUCCUGCUUACUCCAGUUCUACCUCAAUGGCAGCUGUCAUAGGGAAUCCCAAGCUCCCUUCAGCCGUGAUGGACAGGUGGCUUUGGGGACCUAUGCCCUCUGCAGAGGAGGAAGCAUAUAUGGUGUCUGAGUUACUUGGCUGCCAGCCUUUAGUUGGCUGUGCAGCGACAAAGGAGAGGGUCAUGAGUGCUCUAACUCAGGCAGAAUGUGUCCACUUUGCAACCCAUGUCUCCUGGAAACUGGCUGCUUUGGUCCUGACACCCAAUGCUGACAGUAAUCCAGCUAGCAGCAAGAGUUCUUUUGGGAACCCCUACACAAUUCCAGAAUCCCUUCGGAUGCAGGAUGAUGCCAGUGAUGUGGAAAGCAUCUCAGACUGUCCUCCUCUUCAGGAGUUUCUCCUUACAGCAGCUGAUGUCCUGGAUCUGCGGCUUCCUGUCAAAUUAGUGGUUCUUGGCUCUUAUCAAGAAUCCAGCAGCAAAGUCACUGCUGAUGGAGUGAUUGGCUUGACAAGAGCAUUCCUGGCUGCUGGGGCUCAGUGUGUCCUAGUGUCACUUUGGCCUGUUCCUGUGGCUGCUUCCAAAAUGUUUGUGCACGCCUUCUACUCCUCCCUCUUGAAUGGGAUGAAAGCCAGUGCAGCCCUUGGAGAAGCAAUGAAAACUGUGCAGAGCAGCAAGCAGUUCUCCCAUCCAUCCAACUGGGCAGGCUUCAUGCUUAUUGGGAGUGAUAUGAAGCUGAACAGCCCUUCUUCACUAGUAGGACAGGCCCUGACUGAGAUUCUGCAGCACCCUGAGAGGGCACGAGAUGCUCUGCGUGUCCUGCUACAUCUGGUGGAGAAAUCACUGCAGCGAAUCCAGAAUGGGCAGCACAACUCCAUGUACACCUCCCAGCAAAGCGUGGAGAAUAAAGUUGGUGGCAUUCCAGGCUGGCAGGCACUCCUGACUGCAGUAGGAUUUCGGCUGGACCCUGCAGCCAGUGGCCUCCCAGCAGCAGUUUUCUUCCCAACCUCGGACCCCGGGGACAGGCUGCAGCAGUGCAGCACCACCAUCCAGUCCCUCCUAGGUUUGCCUAACCCUGCACUUCAGGCACUUUGUAAACUUAUCACAGCUUCAGAAACAGGAGAACAGCUUAUUAACAGGCUGCAUCAGGUUCUGGUUCAACUUCAGGCAGGCGAGAAGGAGCAAGAUUUCUCCUCUGCACCAAUCCAGGUUUCCAUCAGUGUCCAACUCUGGAGGCUACCUGGCUGUCAUGAGUUCCUGGCAGCUCUAGGUUUUGACCUUUGUGAAGUUGGCCAAGAGGAGGUGAUUCUGAAAACUGGGAAACAAGCUAACAGGAGGACCAUGCACUUUGCUCUUCAAUCCUUGCUGGCACUUUUUGAUUCUACAGAGCUACCCAAGCGCCUUAGCCUGGACAGCUCCUCAUCACUGGAGUCACUGGCUUCUGCUCAGUCCAUUUCCAACCCCGUGCCCCAGUAUCAAAACCCUCCCUUCUCUCCUACCUGUCCAGACAGCCUGGCAUCAGAUGCCAUUUCUGUGUACAGCCUGAGCUCCAUUGCUUCCUCCAUGAGCUUUGUUUCCAAGCCAGAGAGCACACCAGAUGGAGUGGGACACAGGGGACGCCAGGACUAUGAGAGGCCCAAGAACAUCUAUCCACACAGGUCUGCAGUACAGAGCCAGUUGUCACCACCAGCCAGCACUGUAGCCAGCAAAGAUGAGGAAGAGUAUGAAGGUUUUUCUAUAAUCAGCAAUGAGCCUUUGGCCAGUUACCAAGAAAACAUAAAACCAAGAUUUUCCCCUGAUCACAAACAGCCCAAAGCUGGUCAGACUGGAGGCAUUAAAGAGUCUGCCAAUUCCAAAGGGAGCAUAAGUACUCCAAAUUCACCUGUUAAAAUGACACUUAUUCCCAGUCCUAAUUCCCCUUUCCAAAAAGUUGGGAAACUUGCAAGUUCUGAUACUGGGGAAUCUGACCAGUCUAGCACUGAGACUGACAGCACUGUCAAAUCCCAGGAGGACAGUAAUCCAAAGCUUGAUCCACAAGAGUUGGCCCAGAAAAUUCUGGAGGAAACUCAGAGUCACCUCAUUGCCGUUGAACGUCUUCAGAGAAGCAGCAACCAAAUAGGCAAGAGCAACAGUUCAGAUGAUGGGGCUUCCAGCCCAGCAGGUGUGUCUGCAUUCAGAUCUUCAGAGACCAGCGCGUUCAGUCGCCCAGUCAGCUCCAGUCAGAAGAACCAGUCUUCACCUCUGGCGAUGAAACCAAAGCCUCCAACAAGGAGUUCAUCCCUUCAGAAGGUGAGCUCUGGCUAUAACAGCCCUACGGCGUCGGAGAUGUCACACAAAGAAGGCACAGGGCAAUACAGUGGGCAGCCAUCUCCCAGCUGUGAUUCACAUGGGUCCUUAACUGAGCAGCCUCACUUUAAACUGAAGUACCCCAGCUCUCCCUACAGUGCUCAUAUUUCUAAAUCACCCAGAAAUACCUCUCCAAGCUCAGGGCAUCAGUCUCCUGGUGGCAGUACUCCAUCUCCUGCUCUUUCCUAUUCCUCAGCUGGUUCUGCUCGCUCAAGUCCAGCUGAUGCCCCAGACAUAGACAAAUUAAAAAUGGCUGCCAUUGAUGAAAAAGUGCAAGCAAUUCACAACUUAAAGAUGUUCUGGCAAAGCACUCCCCAUCACUCCACUGGCCCAAUAAAGAUUCUCCAGGGAGCUCCUGGAACAAUGACUUCUAAAAAAGAUGUCCUCAGCUUGCUCAAUUUAUCUCCACGGCACAGCAAAGAAGAAAGCACGGAUAAGCUGGAACUGAAGGACCUGUCUCUUGGGCAGCACCUUGCUUCUCCACAAAAGAACCCCCCAAAUGGACACAGGCGCCCUGAAAAUACAACCACAGUGACAUCAACUCAUUCUCCACCUUCCAGCAGCACCCCAGAAACCACACGCCCCUUGAGGCUGCCCUCUGGGAACGGUUAUAAGUUUUUGUCACCAGGAAGAUUUUUUCCUUCCUCCAAAUGUUGA